AUGACCGCGGCCGCCGCCGACGUCAGCGCCCGCGUGCACCUCGUGGCGGAGAAACUGCAGCAAAAAGCGCAGGAAGCACAGCGCAAAGGGAACGACAAUGCGGCGCGCGCGCUCACUGCGUCGGUGUCGGACCUGCGGCAGGCGCUGGCGCUCAUUGCCGAGCAGCGCCACCUCCUCGCGCGCCGUCGAGCCGAAGGCGACGACGAAAUGGAAGGCCUCAAUGCGGAUGACGACGUCGCGUCAUCGGUAGACGAGUCGGUCGCUCGACUGGCAAGAGUCGAGACCAUGUUGAAGAAAAAGGCCGACGACAUGACGCGCAAAGGCAACGACGCCGCAGCAACGGGUCUGGUGCAAUCCGCUGCGGCGGUAGAAAAAGGCCGUCUCGUGUUGCGCGAGCUGCAACAGCUGGUGUUUGGGUUACACGGGCGCUGGGAGCAACUUGACGGGAUCGUGCGACAAGUGCAACGUUGCCGUCGAGACGGUCCGUGCAACGAGCACGACGACAGACAGGGCGCCCUUGCGCCCGCGCACUUGCUGCAACACGUGCAACAGAUGGUGCAACUUCAACUCGUGGUCACGACCAGUGGGUUAAUCGGAGAUAGUCGGAGCGUUGACGACCUGCAGACAGCGAUUGAAGCACUGCAAGCGGCGGCGCAAGAAGCGGAGACGCUGCGACGGGCCGUAGCCGAUGCCCGACAAGAAAUUGAAGAGGGACAGACGGCGCUGCAGCACAAGUGCGACGCGCUGAAAGCGCUGGAGCGUGCGAUGGAGCAGCUGAAGGCGCGCCACGUGAGCAGACGGGACGAAGACGCGCAGUUGCUGGAACAGCAGCACGACGCGUGUCGAGCGAUGGAGCAGCUCGUGCGGGAGAGCGACGCGGAGAUUCAGAGCCUAAAACAACGUGCAGCAGCGCAGGCCGAGGAGGUGGAGGCGUUGAGUGUGGAGAUGGCGAGUGUCGCGGCCGAGAAAGAGCGACUGGAGAGAGUCCAUCGGGCAGAGGUCGACGAGUUGCAGGAGCAACUAAUGCAAGCGAUGGAUAGGGUCACUGGUCGAGACGAUGAGGCUGAGAGAAUGGAGACGGAGGAGGUGCAGAUGUUGCAGAGGCAGCUGGAAAGUCUGACGUUGGAACACGAACGUCUUGUGCAAUCGCAUGCCGAUGAAGUGGACGAGCUGCGUCGUCAAUUGGAGGAUGCAACGGCGCUUGUCUCGGCAGCGUCGGACGAGGUCGAGAAGGAGAACGAGAACUCGAAGACGGAGGAGGUGCAGAUGUUGCAGAGGCAGCUGGAAAGUCUGACGUUGGAACACGAACGUCUUGUGCAAUCGCAUGCCGAUGAAGUGGACGAGCUGCGUCGUCAACUGGAGGAUGCAACGGCGCUUGUCUCAGCAGAGUCGGACGAGGUCGAGAAGGAGAACGAGAACUCGAAGACGGAGGAGGUGCAGAUGUUGCAGAGGCAGCUGGAAAGUCUGACGUUGGAACACGAACGUCUUGUGCAAUCGCAUGCCGAUGAAGUGGACGAGCUGCGUCGUCAACUGGAGGAUGCAACGGCGCUUGUCUCGGCAGAGUCGGACGAGGUCGAGAAGGAGAACGAGAACUCGAAGACGGAGGAGGUGCAGAUGUUGCAGAGGCAGCUGGAAAGUCUGACGUUGGAACACGAACGUCUUGUGCAAUCGCAUGCCGAUGAAGUGGACGAGCUGCGUCGUCAACUGGAGGAUGCAACGGCGCUUGUCUCGGCAGAGUCGGACGAGGUCGAGAAGGAGAACGAGAACUCGAAGACGGAGGAGGUGCAGAUGUUGCAGAGGCAGCUGGAAAGUCUGACGUUGGAACACGAACGUCUUGUGCAAUCGCAUGCCGAUGAAGUGGACGAGCUGCGUCGUCAACUGGAGGAUGCAACGGCGCUUGUCUCGGCAGCGUCGGACGAGGUCGAGAAGGAGAACGAGAACUCGAAGACGGAGGAGGUGCAGAUGUUGCAGAGGCAGCUGGAAAGUCUGACGUUGGAACACGAACGUCUUGUGCAAUCGCAUGCCGAUGAAGUGGACGAGCUGCGUCGUCAACUGGAGGAUGCAACGGCGCUUGUCUCAGCAGAGUCGGACGAGGUCGAGAAGGAGAACGAGAACUCGAAGACGGAGGAGGUGCAGAUGUUGCAGAGGCAGCUGGAAAGUCUGACGUUGGAACACGAACGUCUUGUGCAAUCGCAUGCCGAUGAAGUGGACGAGCUGCGUCGUCAACUGGAGGAUGCAACGGCGCUUGUCUCGGCAGAGUCGGACGAGGUCGAGAAGGAGAACGAGAACUCGAAGACGGAGGAGGUGCAGAUGUUGCAGAGGCAGCUGGAAAGUCUGACGUUGGAACACGAACGUCUUGUGCAAUCGCAUGCCGAUGAAGUGGACGAGCUGCGUCGUCAACUGGAGGAUGCAACGGCGCUUGUCUCGGCAGAGUCGGACGAGGUCGAGAAGGAGAACGAGAACUCGAAGACGGAGGAGGUGCAGAUGUUGCAGAGGCAGCUGGAAAGUCUGACGUUGGAACACGAACGUCUUGUGCAAUCGCAUGCCGAUGAAGUGGACGAGCUGCGUCGUCAACUGGAGGAUGCAACGGCGCUUGUCUCGGCAGAGUCGGACGAGGUCGAGAAGGAGAACGAGAACUCGAAGACGGAGGAGGUGCAGAUGUUGCAGAGGCAGCUGGAAAGUCUGACGUUGGAACACGAACGUCUUGUGCAAUCGCAUGCCGAUGAAGUGGACGAGCUGCGUCGUCAACUGGAGGAUGCAACGGCGCUUGUCUCGGCAGAGUCGGACGAGGUCGAGAAGGAGAACGAGAACUCGAAGACGGAGGAGGUGCAGAUGUUGCAGAGGCAGCUGGAAAGUCUGACGUUGGAACACGAACGUCUUGUGCAAUCGCAUGCCGAUGAAGUGGACGAGCUGCGUCGUCAACUGGAGGAUGCAACGGCGCUUGUCUCGGCAGAGUCGGACGAGGUCGAGAAGGAGAACGAGAACUCGAAGACGGAGGAGGUGCAGAUGUUGCAGAGGCAGCUGGAAAGUCUGACGUUGGAACACGAACGUCUUGUGCAAUCGCAUGCCGAUGAAGUGGACGAGCUGCGUCGUCAACUGGAGGAUGCAACGGCGCUUGUCUCGGCAGAGUCGGACGAGGUCGAGAAGGAGAACGAGAACUCGAAGACGGAGGAGGUGCAGAUGUUGCAGAGGCAGCUGGAAAGUCUGACGUUGGAACACGAACGUCUUGUGCAAUCGCAUGCCGAUGAAGUGGACGAGCUGCGUCGUCAACUGGAGGAUGCAACGGCGCUUGUCUCGGCAGAGUCGGACGAGGUCGAGAAGGAGAACGAGAACUCGAAGACGGAGGAGGUGCAGAUGUUGCAGAGGCAGCUGGAAAGUCUGACGUUGGAACACGAACGUCUUGUGCAAUCGCAUGCCGAUGAAGUGGACGAGCUGCGUCGUCAACUGGAGGAUGCAACGGCGCUUGUCUCGGCAGAGUCGGACGAGGUCGAGAAGGAGAACGAGAACUCGAAGACGGAGGAGGUGCAGAUGUUGCAGAGGCAGCUGGAAAGUCUGACGUUGGAACACGAACGUCUUGUGCAAUCGCAUGCCGAUGAAGUGGACGAGCUGCGUCGUCAACUGGAGGAUGCAACGGCGCUUGUCUCGGCAGAGUCGGACGAGGUCGAGAAGGAGAACGAGAACUCGAAGACGGAGGAGGUGCAGAUGUUGCAGAGGCAGCUGGAAAGUCUGACGUUGGAACACGAACGUCUUGUGCAAUCGCAUGCCGAUGAAGUGGACGAGCUGCGUCGUCAACUGGAGGAUGCAACGGCGCUUGUCUCGGCAGAGUCGGACGAGGUCGAGAAGGAGAACGAGAACUCGAAGACGGAGGAGGUGCAGAUGUUGCAGAGGCAGCUGGAAAGUCUGACGUUGGAACACGAACGUCUUGUGCAAUCGCAUGCCGAUGAAGUGGACGAGCUGCGUCGUCAACUGGAGGAUGCAACGGCGCUUGUCUCGGCAGAGUCGGACGAGGUCGAGAAGGAGAACGAGAACUCGAAGACGGAGGAGGUGCAGAUGUUGCAGAGGCAGCUGGAAAGUCUGACGUUGGAACACGAACGUCUUGUGCAAUCGCAUGCCGAUGAAGUGGACGAGCUGCGUCGUCAACUGGAGGAUGCAACGGCGCUUGUCUCAGCAGAGUCGGACGAGGUCGAGAAGGAGAUCGAGAACUCGAAGACGGAGGAGGUGCAGAUGUUGCAGAGGCAGCUGGAAAGUCUGACGUUGGAACACGAACGUCUUGUGCAAUCGCAUGCCGAUGAAGUGGACGAGCUGCGUCGUCAACUGGAGGAUGCAACGGCGCUUGUCUCGGCAGAGUCGGACGAGGUCGAGAAGGAGAACGAGAACUCGAAGACGGAGGAGGUGCAGAUGUUGCAGAGGCAGCUGGAAAGUCUGACGUUGGAACACGAACGUCUUGUGCAAUCGCAUGCCGAUGAAGUGGACGAGCUGCGUCGUCAACUGGAGGAUGCAACGGCGCUUGUCUCGGCAGAGUCGGACGAGGUCGAGAAGGAGAACGAGAACUCGAAGACGGAGGAGGUGCAGAUGUUGCAGAGGCAGCUGGAAAGUCUGACGUUGGAACACGAACGUCUUGUGCAAUCGCAUGCCGAUGAAGUGGACGAGCUGCGUCGUCAACUGGAGGAUGCAACGGCGCUUGUCUCGGCAGAGUCGGACGAGGUCGAGAAGGAGAACGAGAACUCGAAGACGGAGGAGGUGCAGAUGUUGCAGAGGCAGCUGGAAAGUCUGACGUUGGAACACGAACGUCUUGUGCAAUCGCAUGCCGAUGAAGUGGACGAGCUGCGUCGUCAACUGGAGGAUGCAACGGCGCUUGUCUCGGCAGAGUCGGACGAGGUCGAGAAGGAGAACGAGAACUCGAAGACGGAGGAGGUGCAGAUGUUGCAGAGGCAGCUGGAAAGUCUGACGUUGGAACACGAACGUCUUGUGCAAUCGCAUGCCGAUGAAGUGGACGAGCUGCGUCGUCAACUGGAGGAUGCAACGGCGCUUGUCUCAGCAGAGUCGGACGAGGUCGAGAAGGAGAACGAGAACUCGAAGACGGAGGAGGUGCAGAUGUUGCAGAGGCAGCUGGAAAGUCUGACGUUGGAACACGAACGUCUUGUGCAAUCGCAUGCCGAUGAAGUGGACGAGCUGCGUCGUCAACUGGAGGAUGCAACGGCGCUUGUCUCGGCAGAGUCGGACGAGGUCGAGAAGGAGAACGAGAACUCGAAGACGGAGGAGGUGCAGAUGUUGCAGAGGCAGCUGGAAAGUCUGACGUUGGAACACGAACGUCUUGUGCAAUCGCAUGCCGAUGAAGUGGACGAGCUGCGUCGUCAACUGGAGGAUGCAACGGCGCUUGUCUCGGCAGAGUCGGACGAGGUCGAGAAGGAGAACGAGAACUCGAAGACGGAGGAGGUGCAGAUGUUGCAGAGGCAGCUGGAAAGUCUGACGUUGGAACACGAACGUCUUGUGCAAUCGCAUGCCGAUGAAGUGGACGAGCUGCGUCGUCAACUGGAGGAUGCAACGGCGCUUGUCUCGGCAGAGUCGGACGAGGUCGAGAAGGAGAACGAGAACUCGAAGACGGAGGAGGUGCAGAUGUUGCAGAGGCAGCUGGAAAGUCUGACGUUGGAACACGAACGUCUUGUGCAAUCGCAUGCCGAUGAAGUGGACGAGCUGCGUCGUCAACUGGAGGAUGCAACGGCGCUUGUCUCGGCAGAGUCGGACGAGGUCGAGAAGGAGAACGAGAACUCGAAGACGGAGGAGGUGCAGAUGUUGCAGAGGCAGCUGGAAAGUCUGACGUUGGAACACGAACGUCUUGUGCAAUCGCAUGCCGAUGAAGUGGACGAGCUGCGUCGUCAACUGGAGGAUGCAACGGCGCUUGUCUCGGCAGAGUCGGACGAGGUCGAGAAGGAGAACGAGAACUCGAAGACGGAGGAGGUGCAGAUGUUGCAGAGGCAGCUGGAAAGUCUGACGUUGGAACACGAACGUCUUGUGCAAUCGCAUGCCGAUGAAGUGGACGAGCUGCGUCGUCAACUGGAGGAUGCAACGGCGCUUGUCUCGGCAGAGUCGGACGAGGUCGAGAAGGAGAACGAGAACUCGAAGACGGAGGAGGUGCAGAUGUUGCAGAGGCAGCUGGAAAGUCUGACGUUGGAACACGAACGUCUUGUGCAAUCGCAUGCCGAUGAAGUGGACGAGCUGCGUCGUCAACUGGAGGAUGCAACGGCGCUUGUCUCGGCAGAGUCGGACGAGGUCGAGAAGGAGAACGAGAACUCGAAGACGGAGGAGGUGCAGAUGUUGCAGAGGCAGCUGGAAAGUCUGACGUUGGAACACGAACGUCUUGUGCAAUCGCAUGCCGAUGAAGUGGACGAGCUGCGUCGUCAACUGGAGGAUGCAACGGCGCUUGUCUCGGCAGAGUCGGACGAGGUCGAGAAGGAGAACGAGAACUCGAAGACGGAGGAGGUGCAGAUGUUGCAGAGGCAGCUGGAAAGUCUGACGUUGGAACACGAACGUCUUGUGCAAUCGCAUGCCGAUGAAGUGGACGAGCUGCGUCGUCAACUGGAGGAUGCAACGGCGCUUGUCUCGGCAGAGUCGGACGAGGUCGAGAAGGAGAACGAGAACUCGAAGACGGAGGAGGUGCAGAUGUUGCAGAGGCAGCUGGAAAGUCUGACGUUGGAACACGAACGUCUUGUGCAAUCGCAUGCCGAUGAAGUGGACGAGCUGCGUCGUCAACUGGAGGAUGCAACGGCGCUUGUCUCGGCAGAGUCGGACGAGGUCGAGAAGGAGAACGAGAACUCGAAGACGGAGGAGGUGCAGAUGUUGCAGAGGCAGCUGGAAAGUCUGACGUUGGAACACGAACGUCUUGUGCAAUCGCAUGCCGAUGAAGUGGACGAGCUGCGUCGUCAACUGGAGGAUGCAACGGCGCUUGUCUCGGCAGAGUCGGACGAGGUCGAGAAGGAGAACGAGAACUCGAAGACGGAGGAGGUGCAGAUGUUGCAGAGGCAGCUGGAAAGUCUGACGUUGGAACACGAACGUCUUGUGCAAUCGCAUGCCGAUGAAGUGGACGAGCUGCGUCGUCAACUGGAGGAUGCAACGGCGCUUGUCUCGGCAGAGUCGGACGAGGUCGAGAAGGAGAACGAGAACUCGAAGACGGAGGAGGUGCAGAUGUUGCAGAGGCAGCUGGAAAGUCUGACGUUGGAACACGAACGUCUUGUGCAAUCGCAUGCCGAUGAAGUGGACGAGCUGCGUCGUCAACUGGAGGAUGCAACGGCGCUUGUCUCGGCAGAGUCGGACGAGGUCGAGAAGGAGAACGAGAACUCGAAGACGGAGGAGGUGCAGAUGUUGCAGAGGCAGCUGGAAAGUCUGACGUUGGAACACGAACGUCUUGUGCAAUCGCAUGCCGAUGAAGUGGACGAGCUGCGUCGUCAACUGGAGGAUGCAACGGCGCUUGUCUCGGCAGAGUCGGACGAGGUCGAGAAGGAGAACGAGAACUCGAAGACGGAGGAGGUGCAGAUGUUGCAGAGGCAGCUGGAAAGUCUGACGUUGGAACACGAACGUCUUGUGCAAUCGCAUGCCGAUGAAGUGGACGAGCUGCGUCGUCAACUGGAGGAUGCAACGGCGCUUGUCUCGGCAGAGUCGGACGAGGUCGAGAAGGAGAACGAGAACUCGAAGACGGAGGAGGUGCAGAUGUUGCAGAGGCAGCUGGAAAGUCUGACGUUGGAACACGAACGUCUUGUGCAAUCGCAUGCCGAUGAAGUGGACGAGCUGCGUCGUCAACUGGAGGAUGCAACGGCGCUUGUCUCGGCAGAGUCGGACGAGGUCGAGAAGGAGAACGAGAACUCGAAGACGGAGGAGGUGCAGAUGUUGCAGAGGCAGCUGGAAAGUCUGACGUUGGAACACGAACGUCUUGUGCAAUCGCAUGCCGAUGAAGUGGACGAGCUGCGUCGUCAACUGGAGGAUGCAACGGCGCUUGUCUCGGCAGAGUCGGACGAGGUCGAGAAGGAGAACGAGAACUCGAAGACGGAGGAGGUGCAGAUGUUGCAGAGGCAGCUGGAAAGUCUGACGUUGGAACACGAACGUCUUGUGCAAUCGCAUGCCGAUGAAGUGGACGAGCUGCGUCGUCAACUGGAGGAUGCAACGGCGCUUGUCUCGGCAGAGUCGGACGAGGUCGAGAAGGAGAACGAGAACUCGAAGACGGAGGAGGUGCAGAUGUUGCAGAGGCAGCUGGAAAGUCUGACGUUGGAACACGAACGUCUUGUGCAAUCGCAUGCCGAUGAAGUGGACGAGCUGCGUCGUCAACUGGAGGAUGCAACGGCGCUUGUCUCGGCAGAGUCGGACGAGGUCGAGAAGGAGAACGAGAACUCGAAGACGGAGGAGGUGCAGAUGUUGCAGAGGCAGCUGGAAAGUCUGACGUUGGAACACGAACGUCUUGUGCAAUCGCAUGCCGAUGAAGUGGACGAGCUGCGUCGUCAACUGGAGGAUGCAACGGCGCUUGUCUCGGCAGCGUCGGACGAGGUCGAGAAGGAGAACGAGAACUCGAAGACGGAGGAGGUGCAGAUGUUGCAGAGGCAGCUGGAAAGUCUGACGUUGGAACACGAACGUCUUGUGCAAUCGCAUGCCGAUGAAGUGGACGAGCUGCGUCGUCAACUGGAGGAUGCAACGGCGCUUGUCUCGGCAGAGUCGGACGAGGUCGAGAAGGAGAACGAGAACUCGAAGACGGAGGAGGUGCAGAUGUUGCAGAGGCAGCUGGAAAGUCUGACGUUGGAACACGAACGUCUUGUGCAAUCGCAUGCCGAUGAAGUGGACGAGCUGCGUCGUCAACUGGAGGAUGCAACGGCGCUUGUCUCGGCAGAGUCGGACGAGGUCGAGAAGGAGAACGAGAACUCGAAGACGGAGGAGGUGCAGAUGUUGCAGAGGCAGCUGGAAAGUCUGACGUUGGAACACGAACGUCUUGUGCAAUCGCAUGCCGAUGAAGUGGACGAGCUGCGUCGUCAACUGGAGGAUGCAACGGCGCUUGUCUCGGCAGAGUCGGACGAGGUCGAGAAGGAGAACGAGAACUCGAAGACGGAGGAGGUGCAGAUGUUGCAGAGGCAGCUGGAAAGUCUGACGUUGGAACACGAACGUCUUGUGCAAUCGCAUGCCGAUGAAGUGGACGAGCUGCGUCGUCAACUGGAGGAUGCAACGGCGCUUGUCUCGGCAGAGUCGGACGAGGUCGAGAAGGAGAACGAGAACUCGAAGACGGAGGAGGUGCAGAUGUUGCAGAGGCAGCUGGAAAGUCUGACGUUGGAACACGAACGUCUUGUGCAAUCGCAUGCCGAUGAAGUGGACGAGCUGCGUCGUCAACUGGAGGAUGCAACGGCGCUUGUCUCGGCAGAGUCGGACGAGGUCGAGAAGGAGAACGAGAACUCGAAGACGGAGGAGGUGCAGAUGUUGCAGAGGCAGCUGGAAAGUCUGACGUUGGAACACGAACGUCUUGUGCAAUCGCAUGCCGAUGAAGUGGACGAGCUGCGUCGUCAACUGGAGGAUGCAACGGCGCUUGUCUCGGCAGAGUCGGACGAGGUCGAGAAGGAGAACGAGAACUCGAAGACGGAGGAGGUGCAGAUGUUGCAGAGGCAGCUGGAAAGUCUGACGUUGGAACACGAACGUCUUGUGCAAUCGCAUGCCGAUGAAGUGGACGACCUGCGUCGUCAAUUUGACAAUAAAUUGAUUUCGAUGAUUGAAGAGUUGAGUGGUGAAACGGAAGCCGAUGAAAAGAAAUAUGCUGAUGCAAUGGGAGGCGCAGGAGAAGAAGGCUCUAUCCGAUCACGGUGUGAAGAAUACGUGGAUGGUCAAAGUGACUGCAUCGACACUGUCGGAGAGUCUUGCCACCAGCGUCAAGUUGCAAUAAAUGAUAUUCGUGCGAAUGUAGAUAGUGUAUCCGAUGAACUUCAUCUGCUGCAGGUCAAGACAGAGGGCUUGAUAUCCGACAAUGAAGGUCGUAUGAAGUCGUGUGUAGCCGAAGUCGCGGUGCUUCAGACCGCACACAGAGAUGAGAUCGAAGGUCUCCAUCGGCAUCUGGACAGGGCAACCGCUUCUCUUUUGGCUCUUGUCGAGACGCUCGACUCUUCUAGCAUGGAAGAACUGCAGAAGCUAAAAGAUGAAGUGCGUGUGAUUACCACAAAGAAGGACAAGCUUGCAGAAAUGUAUGAUGACGAGAUCAGGAUGCUGAAGGCGACGUAUACGGCAGAGAUUGACGAUCUGCGCUACCAGCUGAACAGCACGGCAGCUGGUAAUCUUGCUAGGGGCCAGAGGAAUGACCAGACGCAUGCAGCUAAAGAGCUGCAGCGUGAGGACGAAGUCGAAAGAAUAAGUUUGCAAGCGGAUCUUGACGUUCUUCAGUCACGGGUCGAUGAUUAUGAGGUCCGAUGUCAAGCUCAGCAAGGCACUAUCUCAACACUGGAAGAAGAGCAAGCUGAGCUUGAGUCACGACUCGGUAUUCUUGCUGUCGAGAAAUCACGGCUAGCUGAUGAGCUGGAAAGGUCACGAGAAGAGACAGCGCGUUUGACUCAGCGCCUUGAUGAUAGCGAAGACAUCAACAAAUGUCUUGCUACGCAGCUGAAGGACGCAAAACUUACGCUUGAAGAAAAACUAGCCGAGCAGGACGAGACUAUAGAAGCACUUGAGCAUUGCAAAGAGGAGCUUCGCGCCUGUCGUGCAAUGUUGGGUGCUCAGAUUCGUGAGUGCAGCCUAUUGAAGAGCGAACUUGAGGUGGUUCGAGAUGCGCAGGAUGUGAGAAGUGGACAUGCUGAGGAGUGCUUGUCGACGCUUACCACCGAGCUGCACCAAAUGGUCCAUGUUUUGAAGUCUGGUAGUGAGCUGGGUGAUGACAUAUUGCGUGAGCUCAUGGAAAGAGUGUGGCAGUCUCCAGAAGUGACUGAGCUAUGCGACGGACUUGUCCCGCUUUUGACAGAUUUGGCAUCCACUCAGGACCAGAUACGAUCGAUAAAGGAGCGGCUACAAUUGGCGCGAAGCGAUUGUGAUAGUCAAAAGCUGAUCAUAGAGCAGUUCAUGAAGACGUCGAAUUGGCAGCUGUUUGCGAAGGAUGACGAAACAAUGGAAGAAGUGAAGGAAGGUUUAGAUUCCGACGGGGAUCUAUGCGAGCGUUUAGCAAUUGCCAGGACUAACGUCUCACAAUGGCUAGCUGAACUGCAGCUGCUACGUACCCAUGUAGAGGAAGAUACACUGAAAUUGAAUGCGCUAGCGGACGAGAAGCUGCAAGAGCAAAAGCGUGUGGUGGCUCUUACAGAAUCUGAGCAUGACCUCCGUGUCCUCGUCGAGUCCUUGAAAGAAGAGCUAGGAACGAUGCAGACGGUGAAGUCUCAGGAUCAUUUGACGAGUAUGCAGGAGCAAGAGAAGCAGGCUGCACUUCAAGAAGAAGUCGAGAAGCUGGAGCAAAAGUUGACUACAAUGCGUGCCGACUAUGAGCGGUACCGUGUCCGGUCACACGCUGCACUAAAGAAAAUGGAAAAACGUGCUGAGUUGUUGAACAGUAUGCGAAAGGAGAACGAAGCAUUGCUCACGCGAGUGCGGGAGAGCGAAGAGCAGCAAGAACAGGCUGUUGUUGCUCGCAACGACAUGGAGCGUCGUCUCCAAGAGGAACAGCGUACACAGGCGAUGAUUCAAGCAGAUUUUGACCUCUUUGCAGCGGAGAAAUCACGUGUUAUUGCCGAUCUAGAGAAAGAAGGAGAGCGACUGGCGCUGGAGAAAGAGCAAAUGAGCACGAAGGUGCUGGAAUUGACCGUGCAAAUGCAGACGCUAGAAGCUGCAAAGAAGCAGAUGGAAGAGGAGAAUGAGCGUAUGAAGCAGGCAGAACAGGCAGCUUUUCAGACUCGUCUUGACACUGCCACAGCGGCGGUUCAAAGCGCCAAGAAGGAAUUGGAAAAGAUGCGUAGCGCUUUGGAAGUAAGUGAGGCGGAGAAUGGAAAGCGGCAACAGCUGAUCGAGUUCUUGGAACUGAAGCUGAAGGACCGUUUCGACACAAAAGUGAGUGCGUCGACAACGACCGUGUCUCGUACCGAGUCAGUCGUCCCUACUUCCGUGGAGUUUGUAUCUUCGCUUGCAUCAUCGUCUGAAGGAAACAGUAGUGCGGCUGUUUUGGAGCAGGAAGUUCGUACACUGAAAGCCACAGAGAUUGCCCUCAAGAAGCACCUGGGUGACGCUCGGGCUGAGUUGGCUGUGUUACAAGAGCGUUUUGCUACGACGAAAGCUGCAAACGCAGAAAAGGUGUUUGCACUGGAAGAGCAGAGCAACCAGUACAAGAUGGAACUGGCUGCUGUGACAGAAGAAGUCAAGCGUCUUACUGCGGUCGUGGCUCAAGCACAGAAGAGAGAAGUGGCGUCGCAUGUACCGAUCGAUGGUACGCCAACACCGCUUGUCGAUUCGAGCAAGCAAGACGAGAUGAUGGCAGUGCAGACGCAAGAAGUCUCUGACGAGAUUCCCGCACUGACAGCAGCACUAGCCGAUGCCAAUCGUGAGAUCAAGUUGUUGACAGUCGCGUUGGCUGAUUCUCAGGAAGAGCUGCAGGAAGCGCAGAACGUACUGCAUCUAUUUGCACCCUCACCGAUAGAGUCAGAGAACAAUGACGAUGCCAGCGCCAGUGCCAAAGCAGCCAAAGUACUGACUGCGAAGGAAGAGGCGCUGAAGAAGAUGCGAAAACAGGUGUUUACGCUGCAAGAAGAGAUGGAGACACUUCAGGAAGAAAAGGCAGCUCUGGAGCUGCGAUUGGACACGCACGAGCUCACUACGCUCCAAGCUCAGCGAAACCAGAUGCAAUUGGAGAAGGAGCACACGAUGCAAGUGCAGAAGCGACAGGCUGAAGUAGUAGGGUUUGAGAAGCAAGUAGCGGCCAUUGUGGAUGACUUGCAGCAGCGGCUCGAGGACCACUCACGUGCGUUCCGUGACGUCUACGACUUUAGUGACACGUAUCAGGCGGUACUGUAUCCAUCGCGGGCGGGAAACGAAAGCAAUGAUACUCGAGGUCUGGUCAAUCAAGGAAGCGGACCGGAGUUUGAAGAGUGUCUCGUGAUGCGCAGUGGCGUGGUGAUCAAGGCUGGCGCUACUUUCGAGCUACCGGUGAUUUGCGAGAAGAGCGGGUCGCGCGUCGUGUGGAGUUUCUCGGUAAAAGAGGAGACCGCGGAUGUCGUGUUCAAACUGUGUGCGCUAGUGACGAAGGAUACAGUAUCGAGUGAGGUGGAAGUGGUCUCACCCGAGCGAACGAACGAGCAGUCUGGUGUGUUUCACGUCCAGCACGACAACACGACGCUCGUGUACAAAUGGGACAAUUCGUUCGCCUGGCUCCAGGAGAAAACCCUGGACUACCAUGUCUCGAUCCAGGAACAGCUGUCUCCAAAGGCGCAGACGAUCCGACGGACGGAGCGCGAGCUGCAAGCCAGAGCAAAAGUACUGGCCAAUGGCGUGGCGUUGCUUGAGACCGAAGCCCAGUGCCGCGCCGACUUGGAGUCGACGCUGGAGCGACUUGAUGCUUGUGAGGCGAAGAAGGAGCUAAGUUUGGCUGCAUUUGCGCGUCGCAAGGAGGAAGUGCUGACGCGGAAGGCACAGUUGGAUAGAGAGAGGGAGACGCACAAGGCGCUGUACUCUGCUAUUGUAAAGGAACAAGACGAGCUCGAGACGGUCGAGCGUAGCAUUGUUCGAGCAUGGCAAGCAGCGGAGGCCGAGCGGGAAGAUGUGGAGAUGACGUUGCAGCUAACUGGCAACGGCGUGCAGUUGAAGGAACUGGCUCAUGAGAUUAAAGAGCAGGCAGAAGCUGUGACCAAAGAGCUCGAGCAGUCUGUCCAUGAGGGAGAAGAUACGCUAGAGGAGAGCAACGAAAGCGACGAGCAGAUUGGUCGCGUGCGAGACGCGGAGAACGACGUGCAUGUAGUGGAACCAGAGGACGGCAGUAGCUCUGCACACGUUGGUGGAAUACAAGAGCAUGCGCAGUGA